UCCCGCCGGCCCUAGCAACCGUUGCUGAGGGGCGUGACUCGGCUUCGCGGAGCCGGAAGAUUCCCGCGGCUCAUGAAUAUUUGCAGAUUCAGAGGAGGCCCCGCCCCCGUUGCCUUGGCGCCCAGGCCCCUCAACCCCGCGGCCGGAAGAACAACCCCAAGUCGAAGAGAGCGCCCGGCGAAGGAGGGCGCCCGGGACCAAGUCCCCGGGGCUGGGGCACCGGGGCCGACCCCUCAGGUGCUGCCUGGGGCCACAUGCUGCCCUCUUGCCCAGAUGUUUGACCCACGGUGGGGAAAAAGCAGCUGCCUCCAGGCUGGAUGUGAAUGGACCAGGCCUGGGACAGAGCCCAGGGGCCUUGGCCAAGCAGAGCCAGUGUCCGAGUGCGGGAGCUGAGCUGGCAGAGCCGGCGCAACCCCCGCCCCCGGAGCAAGGCCCCGCGCGGCCGAGGGGGCAGCCGCAGCGAGUGGCUGGUGGAGGAGCACCUGUCACCUGCCCGACUGCAGGCCCUGGCCCAGGUGGAUGACCUCCGACUGGUGAGCGUGCUGGAGCUGUGUGUCAACACCCACGAGAACAGCCUGGGGAACUUUGGGCUGCACCUGCCCAACCUCAGCCAGCUGAAGCUGAACGGCAGCUGCCUGGGCUCCCUGAGGGACCUGGGCACCUCCCUGGGCCGCCUGCAGGUGCUGUGGCUGGCUCGCUGCGGCCUGGCUGACCUGGACGGCAUCGGCUCCUUCCCGGCCCUGAAGGAACUCUACCUUUCCUACAACGACGUCUCGGACCUGAGCCCGCUGUGCCUGCUUGAGCAGCUGGAGGUGCUGGACCUGGAGAGCAACUGCGUGGAGGACCCGGGGCAGCUGUGCUACCUGCAGCUGUGCCCGCGGCUGGCCUCGCUCACCCUGGAGGGCAACCCGCUAUGCCUACGGCCCGGCCCCGGCCCCGCCCACCAGGUGCCCCAGGGCUACAACUACCGGGCAGAGGUCAGGAAGCUCAUCCCCCAGCUGCAGGUCUUGGAUGAGUUGCCGGCCACACACACAUGCCUGCCGACCUCCCGGAAGCUGGACCACGACUGGCUCAUGGUGAAGGAGGCCAUCAAAGAGGGCAGCGUCCUGCACAGCCUGCUCCCCGGGCUGGGUCGUCCCCACGGAUCCCCCGUUUGGAGACUCAGCCCCGAGCUAUGCUCACCUGAGACCCAGCGCAGGGCCCCCAGGCCCUGGCCCCGCUCCCUGCUGGUCCCCGGGGGCCUCCUGCCUGAAGGCCUUCUUCCCCAGAGCCCAGCCCCAGAGGACGACGCCAGCAGCCUCACCCACGGUGCCGGCCGGGUCCUCUGUGGAAACCCCACCAAAGGCCUGCAGGAGCGUCGGCACCAGUGCCAGGCUGGGGCACACCCACAGAGGCUGCCGCCUCCCGGGCCGGAAGACCUGGCCACCCGGGCCUCCGCCCCAGGGCCUGACCCUGCAGACAGCCGCCGCCACCUGGCCUCGGCCGGGCUUCCGGCCUUGAGGGAGCUGCGCCUGCGUCCCCUCCCCAGUAGGUGCCUGGAGUCCCCGGAGGAGGGGGCCGCCGCCCCCGGGAGCCCACAGAGGGGCCCUGAAGAAGAGCAGGACAAGGCUGGGCCCAAGACUCGCCCCAGCCCCCCGAGCCUGGCCCCAGAGCCUUCCAGGACCUUGGGCUACAACCUGACCCCCUCUCCUCCCAAGUCCCUCAUGCCAUCUGACAGGGGCAGCAGCUCCUGGGGGUCCACAGAUCUGCAGUUCCGGGGGCGUCGCCUCAGAGCCCUGGGUAGUCUGGGGCCUGGCCUGGGUCAGGGGCUGGCUGCAGUGACUGCUCUGAGAGCCCUAGAGGUGGCCUCAGGCCCCAGCCCUCGAGCCGAAGGCUGUCCAGGCCCAAAGCCAGCACCAGAUCCAGCGGCCAGACCCCCAGCCUCCGGUGCAUGCCGCACCUGAACCUCAUGACCCCAGCCCAACCC